CAACUGUAGCAUCAACUGAUAUAGUAAUAAAAGUCAGGAGAAAAUAACUUUUUAGACUAAAAAAAUGAAUUUGAAGAAACCAAUUUUGAUUUACACUAUGGUUAAAAUUGAACCCUAUUACAUAUAUUAAAUUCCCUCAACGUACCUGACUCUAACCUCUUGUUUGCCCUGUCUACAGGUCUAUGAGACGGUGAAUCAUGAGACUCACAGCCCCCCUGCGAGGCGUGGUGGUCCUGCUCCUGGCGGGCUUCACCUGGCUGCUCGCAAGCGCAUUAUUUGGAGGAGACGGCAGUUUAUCUGUGCGAAACAUCUUCACUGGCACAAGAGAGGAGCCAACCCAGUCUGAACCGCAUCCUCGGAGGUACAAAUGUGGACUUUCAGCACCCUGUCCUCCAAAGCAUUUAGCUUUCCGUCUGGUGUCUGGAGCUGCAAACGUCAUUGGCCCCAAAAUCUGCUUGGAGGACAAGAUGUUAGUGAGCAGUGUGAAGAACAAUGUUGGUAGAGGACUUAAUAUAGCUUUGGUGAAUGGGGUGACAGGUGAACUAUUGGAGACUAAAACCUUUGACAUGUGGGCAGGAGAUAUGUCCAACUUGUUGAAGUUUCUGCGGCCCCUUCACGAAGGAACACUUGUGUUUGUUGCUUCCUUUGACGAUGCUGCUACAAAACUGAAUGAUGAGUCUAGACGUUUGUUUGAGGAGCUCGGUAGUACAGCUGUGAAGGAGCUGGCCUUUAGAGACAGCUGGGUGUUUGUUGGAGCCAAGGGCAUCGAGAACAAGAGCCCCUUCGAGCAGCGUAUGAAGAACAGCAAGAGCAGCAACAAGUACGAAGGCUGGCCCGAGUCCCUGGAGAUGGACGGUUGUAUUCCCCUGCGGCCGCCCCUUGAAAGUUAAUUCUGCUUCAGAUAGUCUCUCAGACGUCACUGCGACGCCUGAAGUCUCAGCAGGGAAACAAGGUGACUGCAGAAGGCUUAGAAGCUUCUGAACACCUGAAGCUCUUCAUAGGAUACACAAGUAAUAUUUUCUUUUGUCCUGCUUUGGAAAAAGGAAUAAACUGAAUGCACAGAUUAUUUUUGAGCUGGAACCAGUUUGUACAGGAUUUCAGACUAAGCUUUCUAAGCUGCUUGUUAGCUGAGGAAAUGUUCUAGAAACAAUGAAAAUUAUAUCAAGGUAAGCAAAUCUUGAUAUAAUUGUUUGCUGGCCAAAGUGUGUAACUUUAAUGAGUGAAUAUAGCUUAAUUGAAAUUUCUAAAGCUCUAAUUAAAAACAUAAAGAAAAAAAAUAAUUGCUCGUAGAGUGUGUAUUUAAGUUUGAGCAACAGAACUCAGUUAAAUAUUUGCACAUUGUGAUUUAAAAAAAAAAAAUCUCACUCCUAAUCAACAUAUCAGAAACAACCUGGAAGUACUCUGUCAUUAGCAUGGGCUCUGUGGAUAGAUUUAAUGCUUGCAAACUUAAAAACAGUACCGUAAAUGUAAUUCCGACUCUACUAAAGCUGUUCUGCCAAGCAUUAACUGCCAUAAUGUCCAUAGAACUUGAUGCACCAGAUGUUGCCUACAUGUUUACAGAUUCCUUUGGCCUUAAAAGAUACACAAACAGAAUAAAACUAUUUAUUUUAAAUUUUUCUACGCAAAAAACAAGUUGCAAUUUCAGUUUGCCUUGAAUGGUUCUACAGUCUCAGGUCCAGAAACAUUUUUCCACUGAGUUCUUUCCAAUCUUUUGCAUGUGGUCGAGUGUUUUUUGUUUUUUUUUUGUCGUAAAUGAAUGUAUUCACUUGGCCUCUUUCAAGCCCGUUAAGAAGAAAAAAAUGUAAAUAAUAUACUAUUUAAUUUUUUGACUUCAAGUACAUUUUAAAACACUCAAUUGUUAAUUUUGUGUAAAUAUCAUUUUCUAAAAACAGUACAGUCUGUUACAUUGUGACAUCAUUAAUGAAGAAUAAAGAAAACAAAUCCA